UGGCCUGAUGGAGGAAAGGAGGGAGGGUUAGGUUAUAGGAGCCACGCAUCUCACGGGUUAAAGGUGGAUCUGGAGGUGUGUCGAUAUUGUGUUGUGCUGGAGGUUGCUAACGAGGAGGAAGGAAAGAGCUAUUAUUUUUUGCUACUACUACUACAAGCAUCACCACCACCAGCAACAACAACAAACAAACAAACAGGUCGUCCAAGAGUCCCACAUCUCCAGCAUGCAUCUCGGGCCUCCAGUUCAGCGGCGUGGCAGGAAAAGGCAAGUCACUCAAAGAUCUCAAACCAAUACCCUGCAGUGUGUUCUGAUCCUCCUUCGCUAACACAGGCACGUCGAGUGAACUGCUGUCUCAGUAAUCAUCCUAUCAUCUCAAAGCAAUACCCUGCAGUGUGUUCUGAUCCUCCGUAACAACACAGGCACGUCGAGUGAACUGCUGUCUCAGUAAUCAUCCUAACAUCUCAAAGCAAUACCCUGCAGUGUGUUCUGAUCCUCCUUCGCUAACACAGGCACGUCGAGUGAACUGGUGUCUCAGUAAUCACCCUAACAUCUCAAAGCAAUACCCUGCAGUGUGUUCUGAUCCUCCGUAACAACACAGGCACGUCGAGUGAACUGCUGUCUCAGUAAUCAUCCUAACAUCUCAAAGCAAUACCCUGCAGUGUGUUCUGAUCCUCCGUAACAACACAGGCACGUCGAGUGAAUUGGUUUCUCAAUAAUCACCCUAACAUCUCAAAACAAUACCCUGCAGUGUGUUCUGAUCCUCCGUAACAACACAUGCAAGUCGAGUGAACUGCUGUCUCAAAAAUCGAACGCCGGUGAACGAAAGGAACUCAGCGAGGAUGGCAUAGUGGGGCCUGUAGGAAAGAUUUACCGGGUUUUUCAUCCUACGCCUACCACUGGAAAGGAAUUAUAAUAAGUGAAUGACAAUAGGAAAAGAGCCACAAGAGAACAUUCAUUGUGUGGAAAGAUACCAAAACGCGAGCCAACAUGGAGGAUGUACCAAGAAAAUACCUGAAUAACGUCAUGCACCUCGAGUGAUCAUUGCCAAGUCUUAUAAAUCGGACUUUACAGAUAGUGCACGCCAAACUAGGUGGACAAAAACACGAAACAAGGAAACGAGCCACCAAUUAAUGAACCUGCAGUGAGAAAAUAUAUCAGAAAGGAGGUUUUGUAAUGCAUGAAGUCGUCAGAUAACAACACAAAACGAAUCAUGGCGAAAGAAGUGAAGAAUGUUACGAGUAUUUAUCGGUGGGGGUAAUACGGGCCUGCCAAGGAGGAUAACACGAAAACAGAGCCACCACGGAGCCUGCAGUGGAGGAGAGGAAGAUAUUUGCAUCGUCCCUAGCGAGUAGCACCUUGCCCGUUACGCUCCCCCCCUUCCCAGGACCUCGCGUCACCGGAAAACCCACGACAGAAUACUUCCAGAGUGUCACUUUUAACACCGUCCAGCCACGGAAACACGCCACCUGCUCACUGUUGUUACAUCUAGGGAAGAAUCAUGGCUGCUAAUUGCUCGGGAGUGAUUUGUCGGUGUUACGAGGCUGGAAUUUACUACCCGGACGAGCCGCCCACCUCACGAAGUCUCCUGAUAGUGGCCGCGGUGCACCUCUACGCCGUGGCUGUCCUGGGCACGCUAUGUAACGGAGUAGCGAUAUGGUGCGUGGUGACCUGCAAGAAGACGUGGCAGGCGGUGAAGGUGUUGCUGUGCGGCGUGUUCGUGCCCCUCCUGGUGCUCUGCCUGGUGACGCAGCCCAUGAAAGCCGAGAUGGUGCUCGCUGUACUCACUUGCGACCCGAGAAACACGCCCAAAAUCUACCGAGUGAUCACCAUGAUUGUGUACAGCUUCAUGAUACAUAUGGAACUGGCCAGCAUCACAGCUCUUGCCAUAAUCAGGGCGGUGGCGGUGUGGUCGCCGCAGAGACACGAGGUUAAGCUGCGAGUGGCGCUCACCAUAGUCGUCUCCAUCCUCGUGUAUUCACUGCUCAUGGCAUUAUCGGGCACACUGGGGCUGGACUACUUGGAGGCAGAGCGCGCCCAGAGAGUUCUCGUCUUCGUUUACUUCCUCACCAACAUGAUGGUUCCUUUCCUCAUGACUGCCACCUCAUAUGCCCUUAUGAUAUUUGCCGUGAGAAAGAACAGGCGUCGCCUUGCUGCGUGUGAGUCCAAGACAGGCAGCGGCGCCCUCCUGGACCAGGCGACACGAGCCAUACUGGCGGUGUUCAUCAGCAACAUGGUGUUCGGCUUCCCACACGCCGUCUUCCACCUCUUCGAGGAGCCCUCCCACACGCUUGAUCUCAGCAUCCACAUGCUGUUCUACACUCACUUUGUGGUUGACCCACUUUUAUUCAUCUGGUACAACAGUAACUACAGACAGCAAGUGUGGAGGGCAACAAAAGCUGGCUGGAACACAGUAAUUUGCUGCUGCAAGUUUUCACCCCCCAGUGACGGUGACCAGGAGGCUUCCGGUUCAUCAGGCAUCAAGGGCAGUCACCUGUCCUUGAGAACUGACGUGUUCCUCAAGCAGUCUGAAGUAUGACAUCAGGAACAUAUACAUCUGCCUCUUUCAGCAAAUUUUACAUUUCCUUGCAUUGUCACAUUUUUUCAACAGUUUACCUUACACAUUUUAUUAUACGUUCAUCUCUGAGUAAAAGGUGAUUAUAACUUAAGUCCGUAAGGUUUCAUGUACCUGAUAUCAAGGCUUGAGUAAACCUUUCUGCACAGCCAAAGCAACAAUAACACAUGAUGCUAUGAUAAUCUCAUUCAUCAUUCACCUAAUGCCAAGUCUUGAUGCUGUGAUAAGCAGUGCCUGAUCUUUCUUCAGUAUAUCUGAAGGACUGUUCAACUGCCAGUAUUUUUACGCAUCAUUAUGUGCAUAAAUGGCCGAAAUGAAAAAUUACAGGUUUAAUAUUAACUUCUGCUUCCAUUGUACUUUCACAAUGUAUUGUGCAUGGCUUCAACUUCACUGCAAAAAAUUUACAGUGUCCCACCAUAUUGUUUUUAUACUUUGUGUCUCAGUUUAAUCAUCAAAUAUAUUUUUUUUAUAUAUUCCUACAUAAAAGAAAUAUUUAUAUUGCCAUUACUUUUACUUAUGAAAUUAGUUUCCUAGAUUAUGGGCAAUAAACAACUAAAACAUAAUAUCAACUGAAGUGGGUGGAGGCAUGCAUGACUGGCACUGGCCUUCCCUACAUUGUCCCAGAGCAAGCUGUAGGGAAGGCCCAGGGAAGAUGUGACCUUUCUAGGCUUUUCUUGAAGGUUAAUGUGAUACAGAUAUGCUGAAUCAUUAUGAAAUACAAAGGGGUUAGGAUUUUAAUCUUUUAAAGUGUCAGAUCUUAUGUCAUCUUGGCUUUCAAGAUAAUGCCUAUUUUCUUUAUAGUUUAUUUAUUUAUUUAUGUUUUAGUACUCAUGGAAAGUUGGAAAGUUUUGUUUAGUUGGCGCAACAUCUGUGGACAUAUGCCAGAGAGAGACAGAAGGGGAAGGAAUUAUAGGAGAAUGGAACAGAUCCCAGGAGAUGGGACACAACCCCCGAUUAAUACCUGGUACCCAUUCACUGCUGGGUGGACAGGGCCAGGCGUAGGGUAUCUGAAUAGAACUCACGGAAGGGAGGUUUUGUCCUUAGAUUAUGUGAGAAAAAUGAGGGAAAAUUGGACAUAACUUGUGUGAGGUGAAAUGUGUUAACUAUAUGAAGAUUAAUACAGAAUAGAGAACUGGUAUGACAUGAGAGACUCUGAAAAAAUAAAUGAGGAAUAAUGGAUUGAAAACUAGUAUGAAGUGAAAUGAAAAUACAUGUACUAAGUAGUGGAGAAACAGGAUGGAUAACUAAGGUGAUGUGAAAUGCUGCAAGAGAGAAUGAAUACAGGGAAACUGAAUGGAGAACUAGUAUGAAGUAAAAUGUGAUGGAGGGAAUCAAAAAAACUCGUAUAAGGUGUGAUGAAUCAAGUCGGACAGGUUAAGUGUGGAAGGGUAAGGGGAAAGAAAUUAACCCGGUAGCAGCGGGGAUCAUGUUUCUUAGUGGUCCCUCUAAGCGAGAAAAAUGAGAAAAAAACAUCACUCACACAAACCAUUUCAUAAUAUACAUCAAAGCAUUUGUGAUCAGUUUAUGUAUCAUCUAUUUUGGGGGGUUUAUAUCAUGGCACAAAUUUGGCCCGUCGCUGCUACACAGUAAAGCCACAAAUUUGGCCCGUCGCUACUACACGGUAAGCCACAAAUUUGGCCCGUCGCUGCUACCGGGUUAAGUUUCAGAAUAAACUUAAAUGUAAACUUUUUGAAGGAAGUUACCACCACAUUUCACAGAUGCAAUGCAGCAUGCUUGUACUUGGUCAUACUCUGGAGUUUCAAAGAGGGGAUGAAAUAAAAUGGCCAUCCUUUCUUCACAUAUUACUUGUUUCACCAAUGUACAGCUGUGCUUGAAAAAUAAGACUUCUAUAUACAGCUCCUCUUGUGAAUACACUGUUAAAACUCCAUCAUGGGUGAAAAUAUUACACUGAGGAUAUAUAUUAUGCUCUUAAAAAGAAAAAACUGAACUACGUGUAUAUGAGCAGCAGCUGUGGCACAGGAAGCGAAUCGGCACAUAAGCAAGAGUACAAAGGAGGUGCAAUGCUAUUAUUCUCACUCAGCGUGUGUGUAAGUGGGUAUAGGCACUUAAAGACUCGGCUUGUUGACACAAAUAAACGGACAAAGCAGCUACACUGCACCAGGUUACCAACAACUCGCAUUAGCUGGGCUGCUGACCAUUGCUUCCAUAUCUCAUGUGAUAAGUUAUAUCCUAUAUGUACUUCACCAUUAGUUCGCACGCCCUAAUACUUUCACACUUCAAUGAUCUAGAAAUCUUAAGUGUAUGAUUCUGGCCAUUCCUUUACUGCUUGUGCCUAUAGUUAUCCAUUUGACAUAAAUUUAAAACUUCCUUUUAGUAACCAGAUGAAAUGACAAACCCUUUAUUGCCUUACUUGCAGCAUUAUGAAGUGUUACUUGAAAACUCUUUCCCCUCAAUACUCUGUGCGAAUUCAGUCACCAUGAACAUUGGUUGCAUAAGGAUGAGCAGCUGGUGACCUGAAGGCUUCCUGCUUUCUAUUACCCUAGGAAACCUUGCAAGCAAAGCCUCAAAUUCAGUCUUUGAUGAUUAAUAAUCUGGUAGAUUCUUUAGACUUUCCUCUACUUUUUACUACACAGUAUCAACGUAAAGAAGAGCAUGCUUGAUUUGAUCAGAGAAGAAAUAAUAACUAAUAUUCCUACUAAGGCUACCCUAGAUCAUUAAGCUAUGGCUACAGUAGCAAUGAUAAUGAUAAUGCAUAAUGUAGUCUUGCUGCAGGCUACACACAUAUUGAUAAAAGUCAAUAUUAGGUAGUCAAUUGAGUCACCGUUGAGUGGUGUAACAGCAUGACAUAAGAAAGAGGGAGGAUGACAAUGAAAGAUUAAAUUAUAUGAAGGAAUUCAACAACCGGAAAGGAUAAGGAGGAAUGAGUGGAAAGGAGAGGCUUAAACAAAGGAGAGGAAAAGGUUUCAUUUCAACCCUCACACAGUGAAUAACAACUUUAUGAUGAUUCCCUUUUUAGGUUAUCCAUCUAUCAAGCUGGAACAAAACUAAAGACAGCAUUUGCAAAAUAGAAGAUGAAAACAAUAAUUAAGACUAUCUGGAGAUACAUAAUAUUAUGAUGGUCAUGCCAAGACUGGAGCAAAUCUUCACAUUCUCUGCAUAGCAAGAAUGAGGUAGAGUUGAGAAGAGCAUCAGUGGAGGUGAAGUG